AUGAUCGGCGACAAUCUCCAUCACGAAGGAGGUUGGAAGGAGGCGAAGAAGACGAAUUUUCGGAAGAAAAAAAACAAAGUCAAGGAUUUCUUUGAGCUCUUCUGGUGUAUUGGGAAGAUUUAUGAAGUUGUUAUUUCUCCUAAAAGAAACAAAAUAGGUAAGAAGUUUGGGUUUGCUAGAUUCACUGAAGUGGAGGAUGCGAGAAUGUUGGCGGUUAGACUUGACAAUGUGCAAAUUAUGGGGAAGAAGAUUCAUGCUAAUGUUUCGAGGUUUGAGAGAAAUGGUGCGGAGGCAUGGGGGCGGAGACAAUUCGUUGAGGGGUCUGUGACAUUUGCGGAUGUGGUGGCGAACAACAAGGAGAAGAACCAUCAGAUUAAGAAGUGUGUUUUUAGUUACACCUCGAAGGAGGAAUUUAGAAUGAGAUUCAUGAAGGCUUUUGUGGGUCAAUUGGCGAUUUUAAGUUCAGCGGAUAACAUUCAAGCUAGUUUAGAGAGGGAGGGAUAUUUUGCGAUAAAAAUCACACCGUUGUGUGAGAGUUUAUGUUUAUUAGAAGAAUCUGAACAAGGUGUUACUGAGGAUUUUUUUAGGGAGUGGGAUUUGAGUUGGAAGCAAUGGUUCAUGGAGGUCAAGAGGUGGAAAAGUGAGGAGAUUGAUAUCGGAAGAGUUGCGUGGGUUGGUGUUUAUGGCGUCCCGUGCCAUGCUUAG